AUGAAUAGAAAGUUCGACAAUCUUAAAGUUCAAACAAAGUUUGAUUUUGAUGCCAUCAUUUCCUAACUUGACAAUGAAUCACCUCUAGCAUAAAUAUAUACAAAAAAGUUUUCAGGAAUUAAGAAUCUUGAAUUAUAUGAGACACCUGAUGACUAAUAUGAAACACCUAAAGAUUCCUGUAAUUCAUUAAUUGAAGACCUUAUAAUUACUAAAUAGAGUAAAAAAGAAUUGUGA